GGUUGCGGGUUGAGAUAUGUAAACCCUAACCCAUUUUUUAAGGGUCGGGUUAGGGUCGAGUUGACGGGUCGGGUGAAUUUUUGCCAGGAAGCAAUUAAAUGCAUGCGCCAUUCACGACGGACUGUUUUGAUGGCUGAUGAUGUUGAUAGUGCUCUUAAACUACGGAAUGUGGACCCGAUAUAUGGCUUUGCUGCUGGUGAUCCUCUGCGGUUCAAACGAGCUGCUGGACAUAAGGAUUUAUUCUACAUAGAUAACAAGGAUAUUGAGUUUAAAGAUGUCAUUGACGCAUCCUUCCCAAAAGCACCACUUGAUACAUCUAUUACUGCUCACUGGCUUGCAAUUGAAGGCAUUCAACCUGCAAUUCCAGAAAAUGCUUUGGUUGAAGCACCUUCUGAUGGUAAGAAGGCUGAACACAAGGAAGAUGGAUAUUUAGUUGAUGUUAAAUUACCAGUUAAGCAUGUAUUAUCUAGGGAACUUCAGCUUUAUUUUGACAAAAUUGUGGAGCUUACUGUGAAUAGAUCAGGCUCUACCAUCUUUAGACAAGCUUUACUGAGCUUGGCAACAGACUCAGGGCUCCAUCCUUUAGUCCCUUAUUUCACAUGCUUCAUUGCUGAUGAGGUUUCCCGGAAUCUGAAUAGUUUCUCUCUGAUGUUUGCUUUAAUGCGUGUCAUCAGCAGCCUUCUUCAAAAUCACCAAAUACACAUAGAACCCUAUCUACAACAAUUGAUGCCAUCUAUUAUUACCUGUCUUGCUGCAAAAAGAUUAGGGAAUAGAUUUACUGACAACCACUGGGAACUUAGAAACUUCACAGCAAAGCUAGUAGCUUUAAUAUGCAAAAGAUUUGGGCAUGUUUAUCACAAUCUUCAGCCCCGUGUAACAAGAACUCUACUUCAUGCUUUCUUGGACCCAUCAAAAGCCUUGCCUCAACAUUAUGGUGCAAUUCAAGGGCUAGCAGCCCUAGGACCCAGUGUGGUUCGACUGCUUAUUCUGCCAAAUCUUGAGGCAUAUUUGCAACUUCUUGAACCAGAAAUGACACCUGAGAAGAAAAAAAAUGAGAUGAAAAAGCUUGAAGCUUGGCAUGUUUAUGGGGCCCUGCUGCGUGCGGCAGGUCUAUGCAUGUAUGAUCGGCUCAAAGUAUUCCCUAGUUUGCUAGUCCCCCCACCUUGUCCCAUUAAGAAAAACAGUGUAAAAGUCACUACUACAAUGCCAAAUAAACGAAAAGCAAGCGCAGACAACUUGAUCCAGCAACCGCCACUUAAAAAACUAGCUACAGAUACUGGAAUUGGUGUUAUGCCAAUGAACUCUAUGCCAGUUGAUAUGCAAGGUGUGGUAGGGGGUGGAUUUCCUAAUGCUAUGGGAGGUUCCAGUGUUGGUAUAUCAUCAAUGUCACGGCAUCCAUCCAACAACAACAUAUCAGGAAGGGAGACAGGUGAUCAAGUUUUAAAGACAUCGGCUGUUCUAGCUCAAGCUUGGAAGGAUGAUGCUGAUGCAGGGAACUUGUCAGCUUCGUUGUUCGAACUUUUUGGAGAGAGCAUGUUAACCUUUACCCCCAAACCUGAGCUAUCCUUCUUUCUUUGAAUAGUCACCAAUCAAUAGGAAUUACCGUUCACAAACAUGAGUAUAAUGUGUAAAAUUAUCUCCUUUUAUUUUCUCUUCAUUUUCAAACAAUAAUUUUAUUGUAUAUAUGAUUCUAAGCUAAUCUAGAGUGUACCCCAUUUUGUUUGAAUUUCUUUUAUUGAGUUCAAUGGAUUCAAAACAUGGUAUCUUCUUUUCAUGGUCCAAUUUUGUUGGGUUUCCGGAGGUUUCAAUUCUUUGAUUUUGACCUCAGAAUUAAGUAAUAUUACAAUG